AUGGAAAACAUAUCGAUUGAGACUAUCACUCUACCUGAAGUCGAACGUUUGGUUCAUGAGCUGUAUAAGCCGAACCCCCCUCAAACUAUCUCCCGCAUUCAAGAAAUCCUCCAAACUCUUCAAAAGUCUCCUGGAGGAUGGCAACUUGCGGAUGGCCUGCUGAGCCUACCAGAUCAGAACGUCAAAUUUUUUGGUGCCUUGACAUUCACCGUAAAAUUAAAUACUGAAAGUUUAUCAGACGAGGAUGCAGUAUCUGUUCUCCAGAAACUCAUAAGCUUCCUCAUAACUUCCCUUAGAGAUGGUACAGCCGGCUUCGUAGUUAAGAAGUUGUGCAGUACUCUCGUUACCUACUUUAUCCACUACUCCCAUACUUGGCCCAGAUGUAUACGCCAUCUUUCGUAUUGCUUAGACAGUCGUACUUAUGUACCUAUCGAAGAUGUCGAUAAUUCGCCUCCCUAUGAGGAUAUAGUCCACGCGUUGGAUGCUGAGAACCUGUACGCACUAUUAUGGUUCGCUCAGAUUUUGCCCAACGAGGCAGAGAAGAUCGAUACUAAGCCUAUCAAGUAUAUUUCCCUGCACGAACGACUGGCGACUAAUGCUGCCGAUGUCGUGGUUCUCCUAAUCUACGGUAUCAAGCCAGUUAGCGACGGCAGUACUCGUCCGGCAGAUUCGAUAAGUUGUCUGCAAGCAUGGAUCCAAUAUAUCCAGCGAAAUCCAAAACAGCCAUUAGUCCAGCAGUUCCAGAAAUUAGUUGACCCUGUCAUCAACUGUCUCCCAAAUGAUGAGCUAUAUGACGUUGCCGUCGGGCUUCUUACCGAUGCUCUUGAGGAUUGGCAGUCAUUCUUCGAUCGAGAUCAUUUCGAAUCCCUAUACUCGGUUUUCGAAAGCGACUGGGCUCGGGAUAAGUUUCGCAGCUUGAUCGAGAGCGAGGAGAUGAAUGAUGACGACGUUCAUUUUGGCCUUUUCAUGCUGUCCUUCGGUAACGCGCGAACAGAAGAUUUAGCGGAUGGGACUAACGAAAGAGCGCAACGCUUUUUAGCUAUGCUAGCAGGACUAUUGAGCGCAAAGGGGUACCCCGGGGUGGACGAUAAAAUAUUCGUUCCAGCUCUCGAAUUUUGGGGAACUUUCGUUGAAGUUUUGGUUGAUUCUCUAUAUGGAGAAUCAACUGGAGAAAAGCAAUGGGAUAAGCCGCCUAUCUGGCAAAUGAUGCAGGCUGUUUCGGCAAGCUCCCGCAAGAUUCAGUACCCUCAUAUCACAAUUUAUAAUUCAUGGGAUUCCACAGAGAGAACGGCUUUUGGGGAUGCUCGGAAGGACGUCGCUGAUUUUCUGCAAUCCGUAUAUACAAUAAUUGGUAAAGAGUUGGUCUCUAUAUUUGCGAAAAGCCUUCUCGACGCCUUACCGAGAUCAGCAUGGGCAGAGCUUGAGGCUGCAGCCUUCUGCUUGGGUGCCCUAUCUGAUUGUCUGCCAGAUGACAGUUUAUUUGACGACAUAUUAACCCAAAUAUUCGGCUCGCCCCUAUUCGGAUUGCUAAGUCAGGGGCAGAGCGUGGUACCUAUCCGGGCGAGACAGACAUGUCUCUCCCUCAUAGAGCGUUACUCGGAUUACUUUGGUAGCCACGCGGAGUUCCUACCCGCUGCUUUAAACCUGCUGUUCGGUGCGGUAGGCGAUAGGCAUCUGGCACUACCCUCCUCAAAAUCUAUCUACACACUUUGCUCGUCCUGUCGAUCCAUUUUAACCUCGGAAGUCGGAACCUUCCUUGAACAAUACUCAACUUUACGCAAUAGUGAACUUGACUCACUAGCCGAGGAGAGGAUUGUGGGCGCUAUUGCAUCGAUUGUACAAGCAGUUCCCGACGAUACACAGAAGGCAGAUGCCUUUAAGAGGCUGCUUACCAUGGUUGGAGUCGACGUUGAGACCAGUUUACAACUUUCAUCUUACGGUGAAGGAUCUCUCAUACCACCAGAAAACCCGGUGAUAGUACGGGCUUACGACUUUGCACAACGCCCAGAUGCGCCCGUUCCUGCGUCUGAAAUAGCAUUGUAUCUGGCUAUUCGAGCUCUUCGUUGUCUUUUCAGCAUUGCUAAGGGAAUCCAAGCUCCUUCCGAAACUCUCGUAGAUUUGGAAGCGGACGGCCAAAGCGCACAAAUGUCAUCCAAUGCUAACUUCGAACAGAUACAAGUUGACAUCAUGGGCACGCUCGUUAGGCUUAAGGAGACCUUUUCGAGUAAUAGCGAAGUUGUCGACGUUAUCUGCAGCAUCAUUCGUGCCGGAUUUUCCGAAACAGAACCCGGGCCAUUCGUGUUUCCUCCACAAAUGGUGACUGAGUUCAUUACAAGUAGAUGGCAUAAUCGUAUUGCUACUGUGGUCAACACAGCAAGUGUAUUUUUCACGUCGCUCAGUAGCGGAAACCAAAAGAAAUAUGUACCAGAGAUCCUCAGCCAGCUCUUACCAUGGGUCUUUGGCCUACUAAGCCAACUUUCAGAACCCGAUCAAGAUCCUGAACUGGCACAGUAUGGCCUUGAAUUCGCCCAGAGGAUUAUGUCAAAGCGUCCCGAGAUUCUUAUGUCACAACCCGCAAAUAUGCUAGAGUUCCUCUUUAUGUUCGCCAUUAAGCUACUAAAUGGAAAUGAGCCAUUACCCAAGGCAGCAGCGGCAGACUUCUGGUCUACUUUUAUUUCAGUCCAAGCAAGCGACGAGAACACACGGGUUAUUGUAGAAAACGCGAUGACCUACCUGGGACCAAAGCUGUCCGAAUCGCUCAUACAGAAUAUCGGCGGCAAGGCUGCGCGAAGCGAACUCGACAAGCUCAGCGAACCGCUGAAGAAGCUGGUUGCGCAACAGGUUAACGCACGCCAGUGGUUAGGGGCAGCACUGCAAGAUCCGGCAUUCCCUAGCGAUAAGGUAUCCCCAGAAGAGAAAGAAUUAUUCCUGAAGAAAGUCAUCAUGCUACGUGGCCAGCGAGCAACUAAUGCUCUCGUCCGCACCUUUUGGCUAGCCUGCAGGGGCUCCAACUUUGCUUAUACAUCAUGA